AUGGCUACUUCUGAAACUAAAACCAACAAUGAUACUAAGAGUAGCCACGAUGAUCUUGCAAUUACUCUUGAUUAUCCCAAGUUCAGUGGUUUAGGACAUUAUGAUCUGUAUCAAUAUCAAGGUUUUUGGUGCUUUGCUAAAGUAAUAGAAAGUAUAAAGGAUUUUCAACAGAAUUUCAAAGCAUCAGAAACUGAUCUGGUUAUUGCCUCAACACCCAAAUCAGGCACCAUUUGGUUGAAAGCACUCGCCUUUGCCAUUGUCAACCGCUUCCGUUACCCUUGUUCUUCUGUUUCAAAGAAUUAUCACCAUCAUCCAUUGCUCACAGUUUCGCCUCAUGACCUUGUUCCUUUUGUUGAGUUCAAACAUGAUACUCUAGAUAAUGAUCAUCUUCGUUUCACUAAGAAUAAUCCUACCCAUGAUUCUCCAUGCAGACUUAUAGCGACCCAUAUCUUCUACCCUUCUUUGCCAGAAUCUAUUAAGACCGGUACUACCAAGUGCAAGGUUAUUUAUUUGUGUAGAAACCCUCGAGACAUCUUCGUCUCUUUGUGGCUGUUCAUAAACGAACUGAGGGCACAAUUGCCAGAGAGCAAUGAUUAUCAUCCAUCUUUGUCAAUUGAAGAAGCAUUCGAGUUUUUUUGCAAUGGGGUCUCUGUAUUCGGACCAUUUUGGGAUCAUGUACUUGGGUAUUGGAAAGAGAGUUUAGAGAAUCCUCAUAAAGUGUUGUUUAUGAAGUAUGAAGAUUUGAAGAAAGAACGGAAAACACAAUUGAAGAGACUGGCAGAGUUCAUCGGUUGCAGCUUCACUUUAGAAGAAGAGAGACAAGGAGUGAUUGAAGAUGUAUCAAGUUUAUGUAGUUUCGAACAUCUGAAGAAUUUGGAUGUGAAUAAGAAUGGAAGCAGAAAACGUACCGUAAACAAAGCUUACUUCAGAAAAGGUGAGAUUGGUGACUGGGAGAAUCACUUGACACCCCAGAUGGUCAAACGACUUGAUUCUCUUAUGGAAGAGAAAUUGCAAGGAUCAGGCUUAGUGUUCCAACACUGAAGACCUGCCUGAUGUCUUAAGGCAAAAAUAAUAUGAAGUUCGACUCUAUGCAGUCCCAGGGGAACUUGUAGAUUGUAAUUGUUCAGAUGACAUAAAAUUAGGACCUUAUUCAUUAGCAAAAACAGUGUAAUACCUAUUGACAACAAAUUCAAAUAAUAUAUUCCAACAUUUGUGCUGCAGUGUGGUGCCAUGCCUGACUGCUUGUGCUCAUUCAGAACACACCUUCCUGCUUUUUCUGCCUUUCUAGCCAAUGUGAUAAACCAAUGAAAAGAAUUUGAUCAGAAACACCCAAAUUCUUCUUCUCAUUCCCUUGCCACAUAACAAAUAUAUGGAGUUCCACAAGCAUGCACAAAAUGAACUAAAAAAAAUCGAUUUAAGACUAGUACCCUAUUGUUGCAGGCGAAAAACUAGACAAGUCAAUAGUGCUGGCGACUUCUUUCUCUUUCUCACUCC